AUCUCUCAUCUCUCUCCCAUUUCUUCAAUUUUGGACUUCAAAUCCAAAAAGAGAUAAUCAAAGUCUCUCUCUCCGUCGCCGGAAAAUCUUCUCCUCAGGAAUUCGAGGAGACCAUUCGAAGCCGAAAAUUCGGAAAUCGCGCUCCAAAUCCAGAAUUAGAAGAGGAUUCGUCCUCGAAUCUAGGGUGUAUUGACCUUCUAAAAAUAGGAUUCUAUUUAUAUCUGUUAUUCAGUCCAAAAAACGAUGAAGUAUAAAGAUGAGAAGUACGAGAAAGCUGAGAAAGGCUCAACAAAGGUCUUGCCCAAGACAGUUUUACUGAUUGUGCUAUGUGGCCUCUCAUUCUAUCUUGGUGGGUUAUAUUGUGGGAAGAACAAAACCGAAAUUAAUGAUGUUGCAAAAGCUGGUUCUUCCUCAGAUGUUGUUGACUCUCUUCAAGUCAAAUCUGUUUCUUUCUCGGAAUGUAGCAGUGACUACCAAGAUUACACUCCGUGCACGGAUCCAAGGAAAUGGAAGAAGUAUGGGACUCACAGGCUUACUUUCAUGGAACGCCAUUGUCCUCCUGUGUUUGAUAGGAAGCAAUGUCUGGUUCCUCCUCCCAACGGCUAUAAACCGCCGAUAAGAUGGCCAAAGAGCAAAAACGAAUGUUGGUACAGGAAUGUGCCAUAUGAUUGGAUCAACAAGCAGAAAUCCAACCAGAAUUGGCUAAGGAAAGAGGGUGAAAAGUUCAUUUUCCCGGGUGGAGGUACAAUGUUUCCUCAUGGAGUUAGUGCUUAUGUCGAUUUGAUGCAAGAUUUGAUCCCUGAGAUGAAAGAUGGGACUAUUCGAACUGCCAUUGACACUGGUUGUGGGGUUGCGAGCUGGGGGGGCGAUUUGUUGGACCGCGGUAUCCUAACGGUGUCACUCGCCCCGAGAGAUAACCACGAAGCUCAAGUCCAGUUUGCACUAGAACGUGGAAUUCCUGCAAUUCUUGGCAUAAUCUCGACUCAACGUCUCCCGUUCCCUUCAAAUUCAUUCGAUAUGGCUCAUUGCUCAAGAUGCCUUAUUCCAUGGACAGAAUUCGGUGGAGUCUAUCUUCUGGAGAUUCACCGUAUCCUAAGACCUGGUGGCUUCUGGGUCUUAUCUGGUCCACCAGUCAACUACGAGAACCGCUGGAAAGGUUGGGACACAACCAUUGAUGAGCAGAGAUCAAAUUACGAGAAGCUGCAGGAUCUAUUAUCUUCAAUGUGCUUCAAAAUGUAUGCCAAGAAAGACGAUAUCGCAGUGUGGCAGAAAUCUUCAGACAAUAUGUGCUACAACAAGCUGUCCAACGACCCUGACGCAUACCCGCCAAAAUGUGAUGAUAGCCUCGAGCCAGACUCUGCUUGGUAUACGCCGUUACGACCUUGCGUUGUGGUUCCAAGCCCUAAGCUUAAGAAGACAGAUUUGGAAUCAACUCCCAAAUGGCCAGAGAGAUUGCACACAACUCCUGAAAGGAUCUCUGAUGUUCCUGGAGGAAACGGUGGCGUGUUUAAGCACGACAACAGCAAGUGGAAAACGAGAGCUAAGCAUUACAAGAAGCUGUUACCUGCUAUUGGCUCUGAUAAGAUUAGGAAUGUGAUGGAUAUGAACACUGCUUAUGGAGGUCUUGCUGCUGCUCUGGUCGAUGAUCCUUUGUGGGUCAUGAACGUUGUCUCUUCUUACGCUGCGAAUACACUCCCCGUUGUGUUUGAUCGUGGAUUGAUCGGAACGUAUCACGACUGGUGUGAAGCUUUUUCGACAUAUCCAAGAACUUAUGAUCUUCUUCACGUUGAUGGGCUGUUUACAUCUGAAAACCAAAGGUGUGAGAUGAAAUAUGUAAUGCUGGAAAUGGAUAGGAUCUUGCGUCCUAACGGGUAUGCGAUUAUACGUGAAUCGAGCUAUUUCGCGGAUACCAUCGCAUCAGUUGCUAAAGGACUGAGAUGGAGUUGCCGUAAGGAAAAAACAGAGUCUGAAUCAGAGAAUGAGAAGGUCUUGAUUUGCCAGAAGAAGCUGUGGUAUUCAUCUAACGCAACUUCAGAAACAAAAUAAGAAAAAAAAAAGAAAAAAAAAAUACGACGAAUCUAAAGCUUAAGCUUAAAGCUUUUGUUUUGUCCGGAGGUUUCUUGAGAACAAAGUCACGAGAACAACCACCACCAUAGGUUCUUUGUCUUGCUUCGAAGCCAAGAAAGCUGUUGAAAGCUGCCAAUUCAUUUUUAUUAUCCCAGCAUAUUUAUCAACUUUCGAAUUUUUUUUUCUAGUAUAUGCUUGGUGAGAAUUAUAUUAUUAAUUUGUUUGUUUAAAGAGUAACUAUUAAGCUCGAGAUUUCUCCAAUGUUAGGUAUAUCGAUUUGAGAUAUCGUUGUAUUGGUUUACACGUCAAUAUGUCAUCCAUUAAUAUACAUUAUAAAUUUUUCUCUU